AUGGAACCGAAACGCGUCACCGUCACCGUCGCCGUUUUCCUACUCUUCUCCAUCGGACUUCUUGCUACUCUUACUGGAUUUUGGGGUGGGGCUCGCUCUGGAACGUUGGUGUCGUUUUCGUUCUUGUUUGGAUUAGAGGAAGGAACAAACUACACACUCCUUCAUACUCCUCAUCGUAAACUUCUUCCUCAUCCUGGUACUGAGAAGGUGGAACCAAACCGAAUAUGGGGUGAGAAAUGCACGAAAUCAGACAUUGUGAUAAAUCAAGGCUCAACGGCACCACUCCCGAGUGGAAUACCAACAUACACAGUAGAAAUCAUGAACAUGUGUGUAAGUGGAUGUGACAUUUCUGCUAUACACCUUCGAUGUGGGUGGUUCAGCUCAGCACGUCUUAUCAAUCCAAAGCUUUUCAAACGCCUGCGUUACAACGACUGCCUUGUCAAUGAUGGCAGACCAUUAGUCAAUGGUGGCACUGUUUCUUUUCAGUAUGCUAAUACCUAUCUUUAUCCUCUCUCAGUUUCCUCUGUAGUAUGCGUUUGA